AUGUGGAUAUCACUUCUCUCGGGGUGCCAAGAAGAAGGGGGUGAUAUUGAUCAGAGUUUUCUCUCGACAUGGACCGAACCCGCCACCUCCCGACGCUACUUAGGCCCUCCCAAGGCUCGAAUCUUUGCCCCGACACUGCUAUCAACUCUAGACAUGUUUUAUGCCCCUUUUGAGAGGAAUGUGCCGCCUAUGCUGACUGAUCUAAUUCGUAUAGAGGUGGAUGCGGCUGAAUGUUCUGGC